CCCAGACAAGACGGGGCUUUGAAGCGGCGACGUUUCAAUUCAUUACUCUUCCUCCCGACGCUCGCAUUCAUAUCUCGGCCUUCUCUCCGUCGACGUUAACCUGCCCAGCUCCGUCAGUCCAGACGCCGGCGGCUAUGUUUACAAUUUGAGUUCCAACUUCCACGCUUCCUCUCAGAUCUCGCCGUCUCGGCUAAUUUUCCUACUUCCAGUUCGAAUUCUGCACUUCCAUACCUGAAGCUGGCUGAUAACGUAGCUUCAAUCGAAGGCGGAGAAGGCAACAGCAACGCCAGUUCUCGUCAACUGCUCGAUUAUAUCAAUUAGGGUAAUCACAUGAGAUCCUUUUUCUUCUUCUUUACUCUUGGAGAUCUCUCCGGUCUCGGCUAAUUGACUAAAAUCUUGCCGGGAAAAAGUGAACUUCAACUAGGAUAGUUCCGUUAGCUGUUCUUGUUGUGUGCUGCAUCUUCAUGGUGCAUUCUCUAAUGUACAAUGCAAAGUGUACUGAAAUCUAUGGUGGCUGUUUUGUAGAACGUCAGGGUAGAACGCCAGGGUAGAACGUCAGGGUAGAGGAAACGGAAUGAACAAAAUGAGGAGCUUCAAUGGCCUCCUAGCUAUGAUCUCUAGCUCUUUCCUUUGGGUCUAUGCAUUCACCUUCAUUGCUGGAUACCCAAUUCCAACAUUUGGGAACAUAGAGGUUGCCAGCAAUGUGCUGAUUCCUGGAAAUGAAAUGUGGAAGGAGACUCUUGCCUUACAGGGAGGUUCUCGUCUGUAUGAACUUCGGGGCUUGAAAUCGAACACUUGGUAUGAAGUGAAGAUAUCUUAUCCGGCUUCUAUACCUGCUAGCUUCACUAUACAACUGAAGAAGGAUGUUUCUGAUUUGGGAAUGAACUGGAAUCGAAGAUUACUAAACACAGAGAAACUGAUUUUCAAGACUGAUGAGUUCAGUGGCAAUCAGAACCAGUUGUACGUGCUGGUAACUGUAGAGCCGGAGGGGGUGGUUGCAAUACCCAAUGUACCAGAGAGGGAAGCAAUCAUCUUCAACAUAGUAUGCGAUGAAUUGUUGCUGGGUAUCCCUCACAAGGCUUGGUGGGUGGGAGUGCUUGUGUUGCUGUGUUUAGUGGCUGCAUUCAUCAUCCCUCGUUUUCUCCCAGUACUCAUGCCGCCUGAAAAUGGAAGCUCCAUGUCAUCAUCAUAUGAUAGUGUUGCCAAAGAAUCUUAGGAUUUGGCAAGGAAGUUUAUUGGAAGCAAUUCAGCAGCAGGGAGGGGAUGUUGGGUCAUCGAAACUCCUACAAUCACCAUGGAAGCUUAUAGGGCUCUCAUCGUUAGCAUUUUAUGCAGAACAGGAGGAAAGAAGGAGUGGCAGCCGAUGCAUGUUUUCCUUGGUUGAAAAUUGAACGUGGGGAGGAUCGGUGUCUGUUGUAUUCAAGAUGGAGUAGUGAAAGUUUGGUGUUCUGCAAUUUCGUAGGCAGAGGACAUAGGUAAAAGGUUUGGUUUGUUAAGAUCUCAGAGGUAUAAGCUACUUUGGAUAUGCCCCCAUGAGCAUAUGCUAACUGCAAAAUUUUGUGAGUCAAGCAAUGGAGGAUCAAAAUUAAUUAGAACAGUAGAUAUGUUCACAAAACUAAAAUAUGUAUCAAGUAUGUUAUAUGAAAAAUUCAACCUCUGAGCACAUUAUGGACUAAAGCUCCUCCUCUAUUUUUAGUAACAAAAUGAACUAGAAGUAAGAUCAAACUAAAAAUUAAUAUCAUAAACACAGUUGGAUUUGUGAUCGAGAAAUCCGAAUCUCCUAUCUUCAUAAGGAAUCAAUGAGAGAAUGAAAAAUUGUUCAACUAGGUUGUUGGCCAUUAUUAUAAGAAACAUUUUCAUUUCAUACUUGUAGUUCCGCUUCAAUUAUACGAUAAAUAAUUCCAAGGUAA